AUGUCUACGGCUACGCUAGCAAUCAGCGGCAUGACCUGUGCUGCGUGCUCGGCCUCCAUCACCGAAGCCCUCGAGGCCAUAGACCAGGUCCAGCGGGUGUCGGUUUCUCUCAUUACUAAUGAGGCGAAAGUCGACUUCACGCCGCCCGUGACCCCACAGCAGCUAAUACAGGCCGUGGAAGAGUGCGGUUUCGAUGCCGCAGUGGUUUCCGCCACUUCCGCUGCUCUCGCAACAAAUGUCACCACCACAAUCAGCAUAUCGGGAAUGACAUGUGCCGCAUGCUCGUCCAGCGUGACAGAGGCCCUAGAGGCAGUUCCUGGCGUGCUGAGUGUGUCCGUGUCGUUGCUUACAAACGAGGGCAAAGUUGUGCACUCGCAGGAAACUCCCGUGUCGGCCAUUCUUUCUGCCGUGGAGGAUUGCGGCUUUGACGCAGUUUUGGUGAAAUCCUCCGCCCCUGAGUCCGUGCUAGAGUCUCGUUUCCAAAUCAAGGGCAUGACGUGUGGCUCGUGCUCCGCGUCCAUUACACAGAGGUUGGAGCUGCUAGAAGGUGUCAAAUCGGUGGGUGUAUCCCUUUUGACGGAAGAUGCUCUAGUGGAACAUCUUCUCUCUCUUCUGCCGCUGGAAAUCCAGCAGGCGAUCGAAGACUGUGGCUUCGAUGCCACUCUCUUGUCGUCAGACCCAAAAAUCCAAUCUUCCCGUGAAAAUACCGUGGAAGAAAUAAUAUUCCAGAUAUACGGCAUUGGCGAAUCUACCGACUUAUCGGUCUUGCAAUACAACAUCGAAGCAGUACUCAAUGGGUUUCCUGGCAUUCUGGCGUUUCUGCUAGAUUUUAAGAGUGUCACCGAAGACGCUCCCGAAACACCCAAUGUCUCGCCUGAACAGCUUAUCGAUGAGCUCAAAAUCACACUUGCUACAAAUAUCACAGGUGUUCGGGGUGUGGUGGAUGCAUUGAACUCUAUAGACAGCAAUAUUCAGUUUGUCAUCCUCAACUCUGUUGACCAGUACUUGAGCUCGCAACUUAAAUUGUUGACUAAAGCCAAGGAUAUCGAGUUUUGGCGCUCAACGUUUUUCGGUACACUUCUCUUUGGUGUACCCCUUUGCAUCCUCGGUUUCUCGGAGAAAAUGCCUUUUUGGAAAACCCAUUUGAUCUUCCAUGGCCUUUAUUUGGUAUCUGUGCUUGAAUUGGCCUUGAGCACGCACAUUUUGUUUAAUCUUGGAGCAGUGUUCUUCAAGCGCUUUGCCUUCUUCUUGCGCAAUAAAGGCCGUAAUGCUAACAUGGAUGUUCUCGUGUGUGUCUCAACAUUAAUUUCCUAUCUAUUCUCUAUCUAUUCCAUGGGUCUCAGUGUUUGGACUGGUCAAACCGACGGACCACCAAAGGUUCUUUUUGAGACAGAAGCCAUGCUCCUUGCGUUUGUUUCUUUUGGCAAAUGGAUUGAAAACAAAGCUAAAGGUGCCACCUCCACUGCUUUGUCCAGGCUUGUGUCUUUGACUCCCACUACAUGCCAGAUCAUCACGGAUGUCCAAGGGUUCCAGGAAAUGCUGGAUGCCCAAAAAAAUGAAGGAAAGGAUGAAGUAUUGAAAGAGCUCCCAACGCGAAUGAUUUCUAUUGACUUGGAUGGAAACUGGACGAUAUUGCUAUAG